GAUCCUUAUAAGAUUUCUGUAUUCAUAAUGGGGUGGAAUCAUGACCUCAGAGACUCUCAGUGUAUCUUUUUGGUUAGCUACUGGAGGACAAAUAGGACCAAGACACACUUUUUUGCAGUAACGCAUAAGAAAGUACUAAGUCUGUAAGUGGGCAGGAUGUUCGAACAGAACUACACAGAUAUUCAUAAUCUGCUGGUGUCCUGGUUGUAUCGGUACUUUAAUGAGACACGGCCAGUGGCAGCGCAACCACAUCAUCAACAUCAACCACCCAUGCAUCUGAGUGGAGCUUCGGCUGAAGAUAAAAGUUACGGCAUGAUCUACAUCUGUAUGAUGAUGGGUCUCUUUAGUUUCUUCGCCUUUGGCAUUAUGUUCAGCUACAUUCGUUCAAAGAAGGUGGAGAACUCGCAGGAUCCAUAUCAUCAGUAUAUAGCUAAAGACUGGACCGUUGUAGCAUCUCCUGUGGUCAUCUGCAACCCAUCUGCUCUUGAACAUCUUCCAGGGUUCAGUGGAAGAGAACAGGAGUUGGAAUAGAUGAAUGUGACGUCUGUGUAUAUAGCGUAUCAGAUUAUACACAGUUUAACAUUUAAGAAUGAAUUGUGAAUGUCAGCCUGUCUUGUUUUAAAUAAAUUACAAUUUAAUUCAACAAUCUGUUUUUGGAGGAUCAAGAUGCUUUUAGAUCUCAUUGUCACACCAUAAAAUAUGUUUGCACAAUUGGUUAAAGAAGGGUUUAAAUUAACCUAUGGUGGGUUGCCAUCCAGCAGAUUGUUUUUUCUAUAUUUUACCCAAAAUCCCUGCUAAAAAGCAAUAGAAACCAUCAAAAAAUUAAUUGAAUUUAAUGGAAUGGAAUUUUUUGUUAUAAU